AUGAAGAUCAGCCUCAUUCUUCUCAACGGCCUUUUUGCCGGAGCCAUCGCCGUCCCAACCGGUUCAAACACUAUCCACGAAAAGCGCGAUGUGUCCAGUGGUCGAUGGACUAAGCGUGAAGCUGCCGAUGCCAACACCAAGGUCCCCGUGAGAAUUGCUCUGAAGCAGAAGAACCUGGACAAGGGCAUGGACUACCUCCUUGCCGUCUCUGAUCCCUCCUCUGCCAAGUAUGGCCAGCAUUAUUCCAAGGACCAGGUCGUUGAGCUCUUCGCCCCUGAUGAGAGUUCCAUCAGCGCUGUCAGGAGCUGGCUGAUCAAGUCUGGUGUCUCUGCCGACAAGAUUACAUUCCCCCAGAGCAAGGGCUGGGUCGACUUUCAGUCCACAGUCGGACAGCUCGAGUCAAUUCUCAAGACCAAGUACCACAUGUAUGACCACAUCCAGGCUCGAAACGCCCACAUAGGCACGGAUGAGUACUCGCUCCCCAACGAAAUCUCAGACCUCGUAGACUUUAUUACUCCCGCCGUCGUCAUGUCACAGACAAGCAAGCCCUCAAACAAGGUCAAGCGAAAUGAUGGCCGCAUCAUCAGACCUCACAAGCCGCUGUCGGCUGAAGUUGCCAAAUUGCUGGCAGCGCAUCCUGACUCUACCGAUAACUGCGCCAAGUACAUCACACCCGCGUGCAUCAAGUCUCAAUACAACAUCACCGACGGCACAUUGCACGAUGCCUCAAACCGCAUGGGUAUCUUCGAGAUAUCCGAAGACGCCUUCUCCCAGGAAGACUUGGACUCGUUCUACGCCAAGUAUGCCACAAACAUUCCAAAAGGCACCGGACCCAAGGUCGACCUGAUUGACGGCGCCGUGGCUCCCGUCAGCCCGGAAAGUGCUGGCGGCGAGUCUGAUCUGGACCUUGAAAUCGCCAUUCCCCUUAUUUACCCCCAGGGAACGGAGCUGUACGAAGCUGCUACCAAGAACGACGACAUUUUCAACACCUUCCUUGAUGCCGUGGACGGCAGCUACUGCAAGGACCCCGGCGACGACCCUACUGUUGACGGAAACACGCCGAAUGAAAUGUGCGGCACUUUCAAAGCCGCCAACGUCAUCUCGUUCUCCUACGGCACCGCCGAGGCCGACUAUCCGACGAAAUACCUUCAGCGCCAAUGCGACGAGUUCAUGAAGCUCGGUCUCCAGGGCACCUCGAUUGUCUUGUCGAGCGGCGACGACGGAGUUGCCCGACGAUCAGGGUCCUGCCUCGGUCCCAAGGGGGACAUCUUCACCCCCAGCCAGCAAGCCAGCUGCCCCUACGUGACCUCGGUCGGGUCUACCGUCCUCCUUGCCGGCGGGGAGGAGAUUGCUACCGAGACCUUCUCCUCGGGUGGCGGCUUCAGCAACAUCUGGUCCACCCCCGACUACCAGAAGGAUGCCGUCUCUAGCUACUUCUCCAAGCACGGCCCGGGCUACAAGUCUUACACGACCGCCAACGGCACCAUCCCGACCACGGGCGGCAUCUACAACCGUGCCGGGCGCGGGUAUCCCGAUGUCGCGGCCCUCGGCGACAAUGGUGUCGUCGUGGUCAACGGCGAGCCGAGCACCUCGGGGGGCACGUCGAUGAGCGCCCCCCUAGUCGGCGCCAUCUUGACGCGCAUCAACGAGGAGCGCAUCAAGGCCGGCAAGAAGCCCGUGGGCUUUGCGAAUCCGGCCCUGUACAAGAACCCGGCCAUGUUCACCGAUGUCGUCAGGGGCGACCAGUCCAAGGGCGGGCCCAACGGCGACGGCCAGCCCAGCGCCUGCGGCAACAAAGGGUUUUCUGCUGUUGAGGGCUGGGACCCCGUCACCGGGCUGGGAACACCCAAAUACCCGGCUAUGCUGGAGUAUUUUCUGAAAUUGUAA